UAGUCAGUUGCGCGCGGGCAUCGGAUCGCGUCGUACUGUGUUAGCUGACGUGUGAUGGCACUUGAUGUAACGGCCAUAGCGGAGUACAACGACGACGAAAAAAGCAAAGAGGCGUUUGUAGAAACGGCGACUGGAGAUAAUAGCGAAACUUCGUCAGCGCACGUCGGUCCCGUCAGCAGUUGUCGGGCUGCGCGGAAUAUCGCCGCUGAUAACGAUAACAGUGCUAAACGAGGAGUACGGUGGUGUGCGGUGCGAAGUGCUGGUGCUAGUUUCAGUGACGAUAACAACAACGAGCAGAACAAUAAUGAUGAGAACGAGAAUGACAAUGAUGAUAACAACAACGUUGACGAUAACGCAAGGAGGGGAGUGAACGACGGUGAUCGUCCAACGUUCGGCGCUCGCGGUGAGUUUGAAUCGGAGUUCGAUCAAAGCGAACAAUUAUCGUUCAAAGCGUUGGGCCGUAGCCAUUCGGCCUCCGGAGAUAAGAACAAUUACAGCAACAAUAAUCGUAGUGCGGAACGGGUUCACGUGAAUGAGCGUGGUCGUUGCGCGGGGGAGGAAAUCAAUGGUAGCAUCGAGAGCGUCAGCGGCAGCAGAAGCAUCGGCUUGUCGGGCCGGACCGCAACAACCGGCGAAUUAGGCAUGAUCGCAGAGUCCCCCAUUUCUAACUCGGGCGGUAACAGCGGCAAGAAUGCAAACUGGAGAAACAGUGAACGCCUCGCGGAAGUCGCGAUGACCGCCGCAGCGGGCGGCGACGAGGAGGAGUCAGCCCUCGCCCGCAUCGUCUCCCGAAACGAGCGCGACCACCGAGCUACCAGGUCCUGCGAAAACACCCCGGUCACAGCCAGCUGCUGUCCGACGAUCGUCCGAAGCGGCAAGAAGCUUCAUCAGCCACCUAGGCCUCGGUGUAGGCUUAACGCCGACAAUUGUCUCAGCCUCCGCGACAUCCUUCUGUCGUUUAAUGGUCCGAUCAGCGAGGAGCAGGCCUGGGCUCUCUGCUAUCAGUGCGCCAGGUGCUUCAAGAACGCGAUUUUUUCCCACCCUCAUCCCUCACCUCGGAACGACGACCGUCUCUACCACGUCACCGAACUCUCCCACGUCCUCCUCCACAGGGACGGCGACGUGCAUCAGUCAACCAUGCGCAACCCACCGAAUACUGCCGAUACAGAUUCGAGGGAAGCGUUCACAUCGGAACACAAGUUGGUGUUCUCGCUGGGUAUGAUAGUUUUCGCCGCUCUAGACUUUGGUCUGGACGAGGAGGAGGAACGACGCGUAGCUCCAGAUCUCGAAGCCCUAAUAACGCUGAUGACACAACCCGAGGAUGAAUCCGAGGCGGAGGACCGGCUCCAGGAAACCGACGACGAGGGUAUCGAACGGGAUUCUGGGGAGAGCGAGGACGACCCGAUUCAUCAGACUCCCGAUGCUCACGGGGUUCAUCCCGCUGGCUACAUCCGGAGGGUUUGUACACCACGCGCCCCUGCACCAUGCUCCAUCAACACUGUGAUACAGCUAUGCACGAGGCAUCUUCAGGGGACGUCGGAACAGGCGGAUACUCACUACAAGGCGGUCGUCCGCGCUCUAGUCGCAGAGGCUCUGGAGUUGUCUCAUUUUCUGGAAAAGGUCGCCGCCGACAAACAGGGCAAUAAUUCUACGUCGACCGUAACCGGUGAUACAACGGAGCGGAAUCUCGACACCCUCGACUUCAACGACUGGACUAACGUCAGGAUAUGGCGGGCGCUGCAAGCCAGAUUCUGGGUCCAAGUUAUUGGAGAGCUGCGGCGUGGCGUGAAGUUGAAGAAAGUCGAAGGGUCGAUCGGCCCAGGAGGUGAGGGAGGAACCGGAGGUGGACAUCCCGGUGGAAAGCGUACUCGCGUCACCGGUCGAGGUAUAGAGUUCGAAUUGACACCUUACGAGAUUUUGAUGGACGAUAUCAGGGCACGCCGGUAUCGACUGCGGACAACACCAUCACCGUCGCCUGCUCACCUCAGGAAGGACGCCCACGCCGUCAUUCUCGACUUCAUUAGGAGUAGACCACCCCUUAAAAAGGCGUCCGAGCGGAAGCUGCCGCCGUUAAAGCGACAAUCGACGCCGCAUGAACUGCUGAUGGAGAGUAUAAAACGACCCCCUAAACCACUUCGGCCGUCCUGCAGCCCGAAAAGGCUCGGGAGAGACGACGCAACGGAACAGAGGACGCCAACGCGGGAUUUCGUACUUUCAGGUACUGGAACCAAAGAUGAUGUCGAGACAACGAACGCCGGACUCGAUACAACACCGAAAAGUUCUAGGCGUGCAUCGAACGAUCUAUCUCGGCCGCCUCACCAUCCACCGCGCCGUUUGAUCAUACCCGACGACGUCAAGCUCGACGGUGAGGAUGACGACGACGAUGACUGCUGGGGCGAUGGGAAUGAGAUCGAGGACGACAACGACGAAGCUGAGGUUGAAGGGGAGCGACAGAGGGCCGGUGAGUCGGCGAAUCCGUGGCGACGGACAGGUGGGCUCAGACUUACAAGAAACGAGUAUCAUCGUUUCUGCGACACGCAACUAGAGUCUUACGACCUAGCGACCCAGUGCCCGACAAGGAGGAUCUCUAAUCGCCGGCACACAGUGACUAGCGUGACCAGCACUGGACUAGGGACGCUAUCGCUUCCACACUCGAGACCACAGAGUCGGCUGUAUGAGUCUCGGAAUCUCAGGGAUACGACUCUUCCCCGUGCGCCGAGAUCGAAAGACCGAGAUCGUUUUAUCGAGCCGGAGUUGCCCUCCAGUGUAAGCAGCUCGCAGGACGAACUGGGACAAGAGGUAUCGAUGCUGAAGUCGUCAAGCAAGGGGGGAGGAAACUCGUCGCUCGGCAAUAUGUUCCUUGACGAACGUCUCUCGCUUACUCUCGAAGAGAUUGUUCACAUACGCAGCGUUCUGACCAAGGCGGAACUCGAAUCGCUUCCGGUUGAGGGGCGGGUCAAAGAAGACGUGGAGAAGAGGCGGGUUUGUUUCUUAUGCUUGAAAACCAGGUUCGGCAUCCUUGGUCCGUGGGGCCAGCGCUGUCGGCUUUGUGAACGGACCGUUUGCGGAAAGUGUUACAUCAAGAUGCGAAUACCAACGGAACAUUUCGCCCACGUGCCGGUCGUUCUCUUGUCACCGAGUUUGAUGUUGUCACCGGCCUCCGAAGUGGAUGGAAAGGAAUACUCAUCGCCGAGCCAUGGCGCGGUUCGAAAUCUCUGGCCCAGGCCGGCGGGCGGCGUUGGAUCCGCACCAGCAUCUCCGGCCACGAAACGGCGUGACCCGGCAUUGAGAAACACCCCGACACCGACCCCAACUCCAUCCUCUGUUAAUAUUUCGCAUCGCGAGGAUGACGGGACGGCCUGCAACAGCCUGCCGCCGAGCAACAGCAGCCCUGCCGCAUCUUUCCAAAAAAUGGACAAAAGUCGGAGAUUUUACUGCAGCAGCGCGAACAGUAGCCCGGCCCGGACGUCUGCAUCGUCGGCGCGUUAUGGAGCUGGUGAUUUACGGGUCGCCGAGCAGCUGCGAGGUGUAGCAAUGGUCGUUUGCCAAGACUGCCGGAUCCUGGUUCUUCAAAUAAUACAGAGCUCCCGUACAACGCGAGCAACGAUACGCAACAACGUGAUCUCACGACUGACAUUGAACUUGUCUCCCAUUUACGUUUAACGCCGUACCGUGACCUGAACAGUUGUUCGACGGCAGCUUUUUUAAAAUAAUUGAAGACCCUGGUAGGAUAAGCAUGGGUGUACUGCCUUAGCUUGGAUUGGUUCCAUAUUUUUACAAUACCCUUCGAUUGUAACCGUUAUGUUCUGGAAAUUUCACCUUCCAAAUAAUUUUUUUCUGAAAGUUACAGAAAAAAAACGCCAAAUUUUUUUUAUCAAAAUUGAAAUUUGCAGAACAUUAGAAUUAUAAUAGUAAUAACGUACUCUGUUGAUAUUUCAUAAAUGUGUGGUAAACCAAUACACCCCUGCUUAUCCUGCUAUGUCAUUUUAAUUGCGAAUUACAUUUUUACUUUGAUUACAUUUAAAAAGCAAUUGCCAAUUUCAAUUGCACGAAGAAUUAUUUUUUCUUUUCAUUUACGAUUUACAAUUUGGAUAUGAUUUUUGAUAUCGGAUAAAAGCUUAUGGUCAAAUUUUCAAUUCGCUUCAUUUAUUUCGAAUUACAUUCUAUCUAUCGAAAGAAUUUUCAUGAUUUUUUCAAAAUUUUUAUCUCAAUUUGUUUUACAGUUAUGAAUUUUGUUUAAAUAUCUUUUUUCAACUUUCCAAAUGAAUGUAACUCAAAAUGGAAAGAUAAAACGGACUAAGAAUUUCGAAAAACAGCGAAUCUACCUUUCGGUAUACAGAAUAUGAGUUUUAAAAAUAUGAAGCAAAUGAAAAAUUCGAGCUUAAAAUCUUCUCCGAUCUCACAAAAAAUGCGCUAAUUGUAAUCAGCAAUUUCUAUGUCAUUAAUUAUAAAAUGUAAUUAGUGGUGCUCAACACUGCAACUCGACGGUUCCGGUGAUUUCAGAUAGGGCUUGCAUAGCGGGUGCAAAUGUUGCACGCAGAUGUUGCACAUCAAGGUAUCGGAAAAUCAAAAACUUAUUAUAUUCCUUGCCGAUCUGUCCUCUGGUAGUUAUUAAUUUUGAAUGAAUAUUCCAGUUCAUAUAGAUCACUCUUGGUCUACAUUUACGUCAUUAUUUAUUUUACACACAUGCACACACCACGGUAGAAAUAGAGUAAAAGAGAGAAAAUAAGAACGAAAGAGCGAGACAGUUUAUCCAUUUUCUUGUUUGCAGUCUCGCUAUUAUACCACCCGAAUCUAUGUUAUACCUAAAUCAUAUAUAUAUAUAAAUAUUGUUACAAAGGUAACUUUAAAAUAAGAGUUCGCUGAUACAAAAUGAAGUAAAUCCAAAAACGUGGGCCGAUUCUGUAUAUUCACAAAUAUGUGUUCUCUUUAAAGCCUGAAACAUAACCGUUUUUAUAGGCAAACAUCCAUUACAUGCCUAUAUCUUGCAGGGUUAUUCCCUUGUUCAAGUAUACAGGGUGAGAAAGGGUACCUUAGUUACAAUAUUUAUACAUAAAUAGGUAUAUCGAUCAUUGAAGAGUUUUUACAUGUCUCUCGAUGCUAUUGUUAUUUAUUAUCAUCUGAUGUCCACGAUGUCGUUUGGAAAGGAUAAAUAACGAAUCAAUCGGGUGUCGGCAAAUUAACGAAUAUAUGUAUUUAAUCAGAUCGCUUUGGAGCGGUACACUACCUAAAUCGCUAACACUAUAUAUGUAUUUAUAUUUGUAUAUAUGUAUACAUAUGUACGUAUAUGUACAUGCAGUUUCUGUGAGACUGUGCGAUCCCCAAUAUUUUUCUGUUUUAGGAAAACGUGUGUAUGUAUAAUAUAGAGAUAAUUGGCUCCUUUUGUAGCAGUUCAUUUGCAUGUUUUUCGCGUCUUUAGUUCGUCUCGUCUGCCUUGCUUUUUGUUUAAAUAUUUAAGAUUUGAUUAAGAACGGCGGAACAUCCUUUAGAAUCAACAAAAUUUCAUUUUCGUUUCGUUCAAUGUGAUCUAUUUUUUAUUUUUUAUUCAGACUUUGCAGAAUAUAAUAUUUAACAUACGCUCUGUAGAUAUACAUAGUUACAAUUCAGAGUGCGCGUUUCAACCAUAUGUAUUAUGUGUAUGUGAAAGUUUGUGUGAAAAGAGAGUGCAGAGCGUAUAUAGAAAAACAAAAAAAUAAAAUAAACGAUACAGUCAUUGAAGAUCGCAGAAUCCUGAGGGAAAAUACACUAUGUAUUUAUAUGUAUAUGAAAAUUUGUAAAGUAUUUUGAAUUUUGAAGAUGUAUCAUAUAUUAUACUAUAUAUAUAUAUAUAUGUGUGUGUGUGUAUAAUAUAUACACAUAUAUAAAUAUAUACAUAAGUCCUUAAUCAGAUGUAUCUACCUAUUUUUCUUAUACCUAUAGAGAAUUUAGAAGAAGAAAAUCUUUUCUCGGAUCAGAAAUACUCCGCAUGAAGAUCCAUUAUACCUAAGCAUAUAAUAAAAAUGGUCGAAAUAAAGUAUCUGUUAUUGGUUCAACAAAGAUAUUGAAGGAACAAGCCGCAUUAAAGAGUAGAGAUAUUAAAUUUAAAAAAAUUGUAAUUAGUAUAUGAAUUGAAACGAAUUUCUCUUGGAAAUUGUUGUAAUUAAAGAAACUAAAAAAAAAAAAAUCGAUAGAUUGUAAAACAUAGCGAAAAGUAAUAUCGAUUUAGGUGAGCAUAGAAGCACUACGAUUUAUUGAACUUUAAAAUAUAAAUAUAUAAAAUUAACUUAUGACAUUAUAUCAUUGUUGAAUAAACCCAAUUAAUAUAGUAUAAUUA